CGCAAGUCACAAUUUCGUUCCAGUUCUCUCUCAAGAACCCCUGUAAACCCUCUCUCUACACACGCUCUAAGCCGUUGGGGCUCCGACCUGUAACUAUUGUGCUAGUUCGUUGAUUCCGGAGCUUUGUUCUCACUCUAGGGAAAUAAAUGAGAAGAAACGGAGGGGGAAGAGGAGGGAGAAGGAGAGAGACAUUAAAUUCAUAUUGACAAAAUGGAUGAUAGUUUGUACGACGAGUUUGGUAACUAUAUUGGACCUGAAUUAGACUCUGACCAAGAGAGUGACAGAGAGGAUGAAGAUGAGGAGCUUCCUGACCAGCCCCAUGAAGAGGAGGCGACAUCAGAUGGUGAGGGUGGAGCCCCUGGUCCCAAUGGGUGGAUCACUACCUCACUUGAUGUUGAUAUGGAUAACCAGAUUGUUCUUGCUGAGGACAAGAAGUAUUAUCCAACUGCCGAAGAGGUUUAUGGUGAAGAUGUUGAAACAUUGGUUAUGGAUGAAGAUGAGCAACCUUUAGAGCAACCGAUAAUUAAACCUGUUAAGAAUAUUAAAUUUGAGGUUGGGGUGAAGGAUUCUUCAACAUAUGUAUCAACCCAGUUUCUUAUCGGUCUAAUGUCCAAUCCUGCUCUUGUUCGAAAUGUGGCCCUUGUAGGCAAUCUCCAGCAUGGCAAGACAGUAUUCAUGGAUAUGUUGGUUGAGCAAACACACCAUAUGUCCACUUUUGACCCAAAUAAUGAGAAGCACAUGAGAUAUACAGAUACAAGGGUUGAUGAGCAAGAGAGAAGAAUAUCAAUCAAGGCUGUCCCAAUGUCACUUGUUCUUGAGGAUAGCAAUUCAAAAUCAUACCUAUGUAACAUAAUGGACACCCCUGGUCAUGUCAAUUUCUCAGAUGAAAUGACUGCCGCUCUCAGGCUAGCAGAUGGUGCUGUGUUGAUUGUUGAUGCUGCUGAAGGAGUGAUGGUAAAUACAGAAAGAGCUAUACGCCAUGCUAUUCAAGAGCGCUUACCAAUUGUAGUUGUGAUUAACAAGGUUGACAGGCUGAUAACAGAACUUAAGUUGCCUCCAAAGGAUGCUUACCAUAAGCUCAGGCAUACGUUGGAAGUAAUUAAUGGCCACAUAACUGCUGUAUCUUCAACUGCUGGAAAUGUGCAAGUCAUAGAUCCAGCUGCUGGAAAUGUUUGUUUUGCCAGUGCAACUGCAGGGUGGUCCUUUACUCUGCAAUCGUUUGCUAAACUUUAUGUCAAGCUCCAUGGGAUCCCAUUUGACUCUGAGAAGUUUGCAUCUCGUCUUUGGGGAGAUAUAUAUUAUCAUCCAGAUACCAGGACCUUCAAAAAGAAGCCUCCCUCCACUGGAGGGGAAAGAUCGUUUGUUGAGUUUGUGCUCGAGCCUCUCUAUAAACUAUACAGCCAAGUGAUUGGGGAACAUAAAAAGAGUGUGGAGGCAACUCUUGCAGAGCUUGGGGUCACUCUUAGUAAUGCUGCUUACAAAUUGAAUGUUAGGCCCUUACUAAGGUUGGCUUGUAGCUCAGUUUUUGGUUCUGCCUCAGGCUUUACAGAUAUGCUGGUUAAACAUAUACCUUCUGCUAAAGAUGCUGCAGCCAGGAAGGUUGAUCAUAUAUACACGGGGCCCAAAGAUUCGAUGAUUUAUCAGUCAACGGUAGAUUGUGAUCCUUCUGGCCCCUUGAUGGUUAAUGUGACUAAACUGUAUCCAAAGCCCGAUUGCAGUGUCUUUGAUGCUUUUGGUAGAGUGUAUGGCGGUAAGAUCCAGACAGGGCAGACAGUGCGUGUGCUAGGAGAAGGCUAUUCUCCAGAUGAUGAGGAAGACAUGACGGUGAAAGAAGUAACAAAAUUAUGGAUUUAUCAGGCUCGAUAUAGGAUACCUAUUGCAAGUGCUCCUCCAGGUACUUGGGUUCUCAUCGAAGGUGUGGAUGCUUCUAUAAUGAAGACUGCCACUCUAUGUAAUGUUGAUUAUGACGAGGAUGUGUAUAUAUUUCGGCCUCUUCAGUUCAAUACUCUUCCAGUAGUGAAAACAGCUACGGAGCCUCUAAAUCCAAGUGAAUUGCCAAAAAUGGUAGAGGGUCUCAGGAAGAUUAGCAAAAGCUAUCCUUUGGCCAUUACCAAGGUUGAGGAAUCUGGGGAGCACACAAUUUUAGGCACUGGAGAAUUGUACCUGGAUUCAAUCAUGAAGGAUCUUAGAGAGCUCUAUUCUGAUAUAGAAGUGAAGGUGGCAGAUCCUGUUGUUUCAUUUUGUGAGACAGUGGUUGAGUCCUCAUCAAUGAAGUGCUUUGCUGAAACACCAAAUAAGAAGAAUAAAAUAACCAUGAUCGCAGAACCAUUGGAAAAGGGGCUUGCAGAGGACAUUGAGAAUGGUGUUGUUAGCAUUGAUUGGAGUCGAAGACAGCUUGGUGACUUCUUCAAGACAAAAUAUGAGUGGGAUUUGCUUGCAGCACGAUCUAUAUGGGCAUUUGGCCCUGAUAGGCAGGGACCUAAUAUCUUAUUAGAUGAUACACUUCCCACUGAGGUUGACAAGAGCUUGCUGGGUGCAGUCAAGGAUUCCAUUGUUCAAGGAUUUCAAUGGGGUGCUAGAGAGGGUCCACUUUGCGACGAGCCUAUCAGGAAUGUCAAGUUUAAAAUAGUUGAUGCGAGGAUUGCACCUGAACCAUUGAAUCGGGGAUCAGGUCAAAUCAUACCCACAGCUCGACGUGUGGCCUAUUCUUCCUUCCUUAUGGCAACCCCUCGACUAAUGGAGCCUGUGUAUUAUGUGGAGAUACAAACACCAAUCGACUGUUUAUCUGCUAUCUACACGGUGUUGUCUCGUAGACGUGGACAUGUUACAGCUGAUGUUCCUCAACCAGGCACCCCAGCAUACAUUGUGAAGGCAUUUUUACCUGUUAUAGAGUCAUUUGGUUUUGAGACGGAUUUGAGGUACCAUACUCAGGGCCAAGCGUUUUCCCUCUCUGUGUUUGACCACUGGGCUAUUGUUCCCGGGGAUCCACUUGAUAAGAGCAUAGUUCUGCGGCCACUUGAACCAGCACCUAUCCAGCACCUCGCUCGUGAAUUUAUGGUGAAGACGAGGCGGAGAAAGGGAAUGAGCGAAGAUGUGAGCAUCAACAAGUUCUUCGAUGAGGCUAUGAUGGUGGAGCUAGCUCAGCAGGCAGCUGAUAUUCAUCUGCAGAUGCUAUGAUGGGCGUCCACAUGAUGAUGUGUACCUGCUUUCAUGGCCAUCAAGCCAUGCCAUUUAGGUUUCUACGGGCAAUUAAUUGUGUGCCUUGCCUUGUACCUAAAUUAUGGCGCUCGUUUGUACUUGCUGCGACCCACUGUCAAGCUAUUCCUGAUAACUACCAACAAUGCCAACCUCACUUCCCGUAUCAUGUCAUUUGAUCAAGUCAUUAUUUAUUUUCUUGUGAUAAAAAGGUGUUAAAGCUGGAUUGUCUUAGUAUCUGUAGUCAUCUGAUUUUUUUGGUUCAGUCGGAUCUUGCAUAUUUGAGGAAAUGGAUUCCAACUUCCGUUAUAUGUUGUUGGUUGAUUC